CAUAAUAUUAAAAAUGAAAUGUUCUGAAGAAUUGUUUUCAUGAUUGAUCACUGCUCUCAUUUCCGAGUACUCAGGUACUCGUGCUCAUCCCUAUAGCGCGCAGUGGGCGGAGCUUCUCUCAUAUUUAGCAGAACACAAACUUCUUUGACAUAUAAAAACUCACAAACUCUGUCCGCACUUUUGUGGCGCGUGUCGAGAGUGUGUGGAGCGACCAACGAUCUACUCAAGUGUGUGUGUGCGAGAUCGCAGUCAUGGCUGUGGAUGGUAAAGAUGAGAAUAGUUUGGAACAAGGCAUUCACACAAAAGAUGCAGGUCGUCGUCGCAGGGACGGUCGUCACCGAAGAUCCCAGUCUGAGCUCAAGUGUGGAGUCCGGCUCACACACUUUCAUCGGCUCUUGGCGUCGCUGGUCGGAGCGGACUGGAUCUUCCUCAUGAUCCUGGGGUUCAUCAUGGCAGUGAUGAGCUUCGUCAUGGAUAUCUUCGUCACGCUCUUCACAGACGCACACAGGUGGAUCUACGAUCUUUCGGACAGUCAUGUGUUCCUGCAGUAUUUCGCAUGGGUCGCUUAUUCUUUGAUCCUCAUGUGUUUUGCGGCAGGAUUCGCAAACAUAGUGUCACCUCAGGCCGUCGGGUCUGGUAUUCCUGAGAUGAAGACGUCUCUGAGAGGAGUGGUGCUGCAGGAGUACCUAACGUUCAAAACACUGGUGUCCAAAGUCAUCAGCCUGACCUGUACGCUCGGAAGUGAAUUACCUGUGGGCAAGGAGGGUCCGUUCGUUCACAUCGGCAGUAUGUGCGCUGCUCUUCUCUGCAAGUUCAUGUCGCUCUUCAGUGGCAUUUAUAAGAAUGAGGCCAGAAACAAGGAGAUGCUGACGGUCGGAUGUGCUGUUGGGAUUGGGUGCUGCUUCGCUUCUCCUAUUGGAGGUGUGUUAUUCAGCAUGGAGAUCACCUCAAUGUUUUAUGUCGCACCGAACUACUGGCGUGGAUUUCUGUCUGCUACGUUUGGUUCCUUGAUCUUCAGACUCCUGCCAGUGUGGCACCACGAGGAAGAGACGCUCACGGCUCUUUAUGCAACAAAGUACAGGCUGGACUUUCCCUUCGACCUGCAGGAGCUUCCAGCCUUCGCUGCGAUGGGGAUAGUGUGUGGCUUCGGCGGAGCCUUCUUUGUGUAUUUGUAUGGGAAGAUCACUCUGUUUGUGAAGAAGCAGAAAGCCACGAACAGCUUCCUCAUGAAGAAUUGUUUCUUAUAUUCUGCUCUGGUCUCUGUGCUGAUUUCAACGCUCACUUUCCCUCCGGGCUUUGGGCAGUUCAUGGCCGGAAAGCUUACACAAAGGGAUUCCUUAAUUUCAUUUUUUGACAAUCGCACCUGGUCAAAUCAUGGCAUCAUCGCAGACUUCGAUAAUGACGAUCAUUUAGCGGCCUGGAAACAUCCGCAGGCGAACGUCUUCAUCAUCCUCACCAUCUUCGUCAUCAUGAAGUUCUGGAUGUCUGCACUUUCCAUAACCCUUCCUAUACCAUGUGGUUCCUUCGUUCCCAUUUUCGUCAUCGGCGCUGCAUUUGGCCGUCUGGUGGGUGAAGGUAUGGCCACUCUGUUUCCCGAGGGAAUUAACACGGAUGGACACAUAUACCCCAUAGUGCCCGGAGCGUACGCUGUCGUGGGAGCGGCAGCGCUGACGGCAGGAGUCACUCACACCAUGUCGACCGGAGUGAUCAUGAUGGAGCUGACGGGUCAGAUCGGCCACAUUCUGCCCAUCUUGAUCUCGGUGAUUCUUGCCAACAUGGUCUCUCAGAGUCUUCAGCCGUCCAUCUACGACACGGUGAUCCGCAUUAAAAAGCUGCCGUACCUGCCCUUGCUCAGAUGGGGCCACCGCGAGAAGCAUAAUAUUCAUGUGGAGGACUUCAUGGAAAGAGAUGUUCGCUACAUCACACUGAAGUCCACCUACAGAGACGUAUACAGAAUCCUGCGCUCAGGAGAUCUGAAAACACUGCCUCUGGUGAAGUCUGCAGAGUCGAUGCUCUUGCUGGGUUCGGUCGAGCGCGCUCAGUUGCAGGCGCUCCUAAAGCAGCGAGCGCAGGAACUGCGAGAAGGACAUACUCCCAGCAUGACUACCAGCUACAGGGUUCACUUCCAGACGUCCACAGAAGAGUCUUCAUCCGCCUCGGAUCAUCCGGCUUCCCCUAAACCUCUUAAACCUGCGCUGAAGAAGGUGGCUGUAGAUGAAGAAGAGAUUACAAAUCCUUAUGAUUCUGGCAUCAGUUUGAAGAAGCUGUGCUGUUCUCAGCCUGACAUUGAUGCACUGCAGGACUACCCAGACACAGAAGAUGAUACGAUACUUCAGGAGAUGGAGGAGUGGGAGGAGCAAGAGCUUGACGAGCAGGUGAACUUCAACAACUGCAAGAUUGACCCCGCCCCCUUCCAGCUGGUGGAAGGCACUUCACUGCACAAGACUCACACCAUGUUUUCUGUGUUGAAUCUGGAUUACGCUUACGUCACCAGUGUCGGACGACUUAUUGGUGUUGUUUCACUGAAAGAGCUGCGUAAAGCUAUCGAAGGCUCCAUGCCGGCGGACGGCGUGAGGUUACGGCCCAUUCUGGCCAGUUUCAGAGACCGAGGCAUUAAAGGAACCAGGAUCGAAACCGCUGAACUCCACAAACUAUUGGACCAUCAGGCCAGCUAGAACACCAGACACCCUCUGACCAGUUACAGGUGACCGAGAGGACAAACGCACAAACGUUCAGUAGCUUUAUAGAGACGCUGGGCCUCAGAGUCUCAGAGAUCCGCCCUCGUCUUUCUGUUCCAUUCCCAGGGAUGUUCUCAGUUGUAAAAAAUGAAGUAAAUAUUGUUUUUAUUCAUUUCUAAAAGUGCAGAAUGUUUCUGUUAGGGUCAGUGUGUGAGUUAAUCUGUAGUAUUUAUAAUUAGCUGUGUGUAAAAACAGUAGAAGUCAAUGAAACCAGUGUGUUGCAGAAUUUGUUCUGAUAUUCUGAUUUUUCUUUGAAUAUUAUGGGCGUUAAACGUCCCUCUCCAUAUAAAGACCAUUUUUGUUUGAAAUGUUUGAGAUUUUGAUUGUCAUUUUAAGUCAGACCACUUUAGAGCAUCAGUCAGACUGAUUCAUUUAGGUGUUUUGUCUUUUUAAACUCUUUUUUAAAUUAUUUUUAUUUUAUGCUUUUACACAACAGAAAACAAACCAAAAAACAUUGUGUGAAUAACAUUUUGACUAAUGCAUUUUAAAAUGUGCACUUUUGAUUGGUUACUUGAUUAUAAGUCAAGAAAUUUGAAAUUCUGUUAAAUAAAUAAAUAUUAAAUUUAAAGUACAACAAUAACAACAAUAUUGGGGAAAAUGUGCAAUUUUUACUGAAAUUCUGUUGUCUACACACACACACACUAGACAAGACUUGUCACACACACAUCUGUGACCCUGGACCACAAAACCCGUCAUAAUAUUUUGAAAUUGAGAUUACAUCGAGAUACAACUAUCUGAAAAUCUGGAAUCUGAGUGUGCAAAAAAAUCAAAAUAUUGAGGAAAAAAAAGUUGAUCAAAUGAAGUCAUUAGCAAUGCAUAUCCACUCACAAAAAUAAAGUUUUGAUAUAUUUAUGGUAGGAAA